AUGGACUCGGCGGAGAGCACUGCCGCCGCAGCCGCGCGCGCGCCCAACAGCGCCGCCCGGGCCGUCGAUGGCCACGACGUCGACGACGACGACGACGCCGUCCCCGAGGUGGCCGCCUGCAUAUCGACGAUGCUCGACCGCGGGGGCAGCGUGGAGAGCCACCGCCUCUUCCUGGCGCGCCGCACCGCGCUGGAGAUGCUCCGCGACCGCGGGUACGCCGUCCCGGAGGACGAGCUCGCCCGCACCCUCCCGGAGUUCCGCGCCUGGUGGGAAGACAAGCCGGAGCUCGAACGCCUCGCCUUCUCCACUACCCUCGCCUCCGACCCAUCCAGCAAGGUGAAAGUUGUGUUCUGUCCACCCGAACCUGUCAAACUCGCGGCUAUCCGGAUCACGGAAUUACUGGUGAACAUCACUAAGCAUGUCCUCAAGCCCAAGCAUCAAGUGUUGACUGCAGAGGAGAAAGCCAAGCUCCUGAAGGAGUACAAUGUGAUGGAUGCACAGCUGCCUCGCAUGCUGGAGAAUGAUGCUGUUGCUCGCUAUUACGGACUAGGCAAGGGAACUGUUGUUAAAGUUAUAUAUGACAGCGAGCUUACUGGGAACCAUGUGACAUACCGUUGCAUUUUCUGA